AUGCUGCGUCCAAACCUUCCAGCACCGAGGGAAACCGUUUCUAAAUCGGACCCUCAGAUUCUAGAAGUGCUCCCCCAUGAGAGAAUGUACUCGAUUCAGAUAGGUGCACGACUGUUCAAACUUAGUGGUGCAUCUCUCUCUUUCGAUUCACCAUCUUACUUUACCAACUACUUUUUACAGCAUGGCAAUGAGUCCGAAGUGCUUUUUAUUGACCGUUCUCCCAGAGUCUUUGAGAAAAUAUGCCUGCAUCUUCAAGGUUAUUCUAUUCAUGUAGAGGACGAGUAUGAGUAUCUUUAUCUCUAUGCCGAUUCCACCUAUUUCCAUUUAGAUAAACUUCACUCUAAGUUACUUGACGAAGGUUUUUUUGUUAACGUUGGCGGUAAGGCUUUCCAGAUUCCUAAAUGCAUCUUCCUGCAACAAGGUAACUACCCCAAUUACUUCAGCGUUAUCUAUGAUACUUUAGUAUCGGAUCCUUUCCUAACCAAUUCCGAACUCUUACGACCACCUCCUCUGUCUCCCGUCACUGUGCAACGAUGUCCUGCCUUAUUCGACCAGCUUCUGCAAGUUUUGCAAGGUAAUCAUAUAGAGAUUACUAGUGAAAUACAUCGCCGUGAUCUUAUCAAUGAGGCUAAAUACUACAGUUUCUUUGCUCUCGAGCAGCAGUUCAUCAAAGUUGAUAUAAGUAUCAAUCCUUGCUCAGGCAGAGAGGAAGUUCUUGUCAACUUCAAUGAUCUUAAGAAAGAAGGUCUUCUAAAUUCUUCUUCUAACCAAUCAUCCUCUUCUGUACAAUAUGCUCGUCCUUACAUUGAUAUGUAUUCGCAUCGUGAUUUGGUCUUGCAGAUCGAUUCUGCGGAGGCUUCAUUGCUUAUCAAUAUCGAUGAUUCCUUUGUCAGUUUGACAAUUGUCGGCAAAACUGCCAAAAAGCUACAUGAUCUCCUAGUUGUGGUCUCCGAUGACUUGAUGUAUGAGCUCGUCAAUAACAAACUUCCAAAACUAACCCUUUUGGUUCAUAUGAAUCAAUGUUGCACCUAUAUAAAUGGUUUGGAGGUUCAAGAUGACUGGAUCAGCAAGCUUAUUGAUGCAAAAUGUGAUAUUGCCGUUACUAGUCCUGAUGCAAAGUAUUCCAGUGAGUUCUCUACAGAUCUUCCCCCUCCUUUGAAAAGAAGAACACCACCUAAGGUGAUAGCCGUUAGACUUCUCAAGUCACAAUGGAAAGUCUCUGUUGCUGGAAGAAACAAAAUCUGGAUGAAUGGUGUACUAUGUGAUGGUGUAUUGGAUGAGCCGAACUUCAACAAGAAGCGGGGGUUUCUAUAA